AUGACCAAGCUCUCUGCCGACCUCGCCCUCUUGCUUUUGGGCAUUCAUGGCCAUGAAGCCACGAAGCUCCUCAACUUCAAUCUUCCGCUCGAGAUAAGCCAGGCCGACGACGAACACGUUACCGAUUUCGACGCAACGUUGGAAGUAACGGAUACAAAUUUACAUCCGUCGUUCGAGCAGACAAUUAUAAUCAAAGUUGAGAAAAUCAAGCGAGAGUUCGUACACAAAGGGACCUUUGACUUCGUCAAACCUGAUAAAAACCAUCCCAUCAACCUGCUUCAGAAUAUGCAAAGGAAGGGCAAAUUCUACACUCGAGGCACCUCUGUGGUAGCGCCCGGACCCACCCAGUUCACUGCUCAGCAGUUCCCGCAAUACGGCGGACAUGCUGGAAAUGACGGACGUGUGGUGAUCUACACUUACACGAAAGACGGCAUUACCGGUGUGUUCAUCAGCGAGGACGAUAACUAUGUCGCUGGCGUUUUCAAAGACAGUGACAACACUUUCUGGAAGCCCACGGCUUAA